UCUCGACCACAAAUCAUCACUGCCUCUCAAUCCUACCUCUCAGAUCCUUGAGAAACGGGACAGCUCUUGCCUCUAUAUAUUGGAAUAUACCACCCGGUUCACAACAACUCACCACCCCUUAAAUACCUACGCAACCCACAAACUCACAGCUCAGCAAUGGCCGCCCAAAACAAAGGCACCAUCCUCAUCACCGGCGGCGGCGGCUUCGUCGGCGGACAAAUCAUCCGCGAGGCGCUCGAAUCCGGGUUUUCGGUGCGCCUGACCGCGCGCUCCGCCUCCUCGGCCGCGCGCACCGUCGCCCGCUUCCCGGCCUUCGCGUCAGCACUCUCCACGGCCAUCGUGCCGGACAUGACGGCGCCGGAGGCGUACGAGUCCGCGUUCGCGGACGGCGCGGCCAUCACGCACGUCGUGCACGCGGCUUCGCCGUUCAACCUCGCGCCCCGCGACAACGUGCGCGACCUGCUCGACCCGGCCGUCCGGGGCGCGACCUCGGUCCUCGAGGCCGCGCUACGGUACGGCGGGGGCAAAGUUAAGAGGGUCGUGGCUACGAGCUCGUUCGCUGCUGUUAUUGAUCUAAGUAAGGGCCUUAGGGAGGGCUACUCGUACGAUGAGAAGGAUUGGAAUCCGGUGACGUGGGACGAGGCUGCGGUGGCGCCGGGCGUCGUCGCGUAUUGUGCUAGCAAGGCGCUUGCGGAGAGGGCGAUGUGGGAUUGGAUGGAGGAGCACAAGGACGAGGUUAGUUUUGGGCUCGCGACGAUCUGUCCGCCGUGGGUGUUCGGCCCGUACGCGCACGAGCUGCGCGACACGAAGGGGCUGAGCGAGAGCGUGCAGCUGCUUAAUGGCAUUAUCGACGGCGACGCGAUUCCCGCGUUCGACUUCGGCGGCUACGCGGACUCGCGCGAGGUCGCGGCCGCGCACGUGCGCGCGCUGCAGGUGCCGGAGGCCGAGGGGAAGAGGUUCGUCGUUGGUCAGGACUUCAGGUACCAGGCCGCGGUCGACAUCGCGAGGGAGGAGGAGCCCGAGUUGGCGAGGAGGAUGCCGGUGGGGAAGAUGGGCGAGUGGAUCCCCGCGUACCAUAUCGAUGGGUCGUUGGCGACGAGGGUUCUGGGGUUGAAGUAUGGCAGCUUGAGGGAUACGGUUAUGGAUACGUAUAGGCAGUUGCUGAAGGCGAGGGAGGCGGAGGUUGCUGCUGCUUGAUGAGGGAGAUAGGGGGUUGUUUCUUGGGUGAAGUGGGUGGAUAUGGACUUAGGGGUUUGAGAUGCCGUAGGAGCUC